AUGGAUGACGAAAAUGGUGGUCUUGUUGACCCUGCAAUUGGUGAAUUUGAAUACCUUCCUGAUCUUCGUAGUCUCUAUGAUUUCUGCGAAACCCCUAGCAGUAUUGAGUGUCGUACAGUGCUUGAACCGUUUACACUAUCGUACGAAACUGGACAGACCGUACACUGUGAUUUACCCGAUGGCUUGAUAUGCUUUCAUGAAGACAAUGUGUCCCCUUGUAUGAACUACAAGAUUCGAUUGUGUUGCCCGUUGCCAUUGGAAAAUGACGAACUAUGUGUUGGUGACAAUUUAUAUAAAAUGGUUUGGCAAGGCUCCCUGACGUGGCACGACGCAGAUACACAAUGCAAUGACCUCUUCGCUCCGAGAGGCUUUGUUGCCGGUUUAGCUAAUUUAGAAUCUAACAGUGUACGAAACUCGGUGAGAAAUUUCAUAAAGAAUGUUCCGGGAUUGUCCGACCCAAAAGGGAAAGGCUACUGGAUUGGGUGUCACGACGAGGAAAAUGAAGGCAUAUUCGUAUGGUUGAAUGGAGAGAAGGUUAAUGUGCCUGACAGUGCCUGGUAUUCCUAUCCAAACAACAAAUAUACCGGUAAUUGCGAUGCAAAGGAUGGGGACCAGGAUUGUUGUCAACUGUGGAAAAGACCAAAAAAAGACCCUACCUUCAAAAUGGAUGAUGUGUGCUGUACAGAUAAAAAGGCUUUCAUUUGUGAAGUUCAGUGUAGGAAUUGGACACAGUGGAUGGAUGACGAAAAUGGUGGCCUUGUUGACCCUGCAAUUGGUGAAUUUGAAUACCUUCCUGAUCUUCGUAGUUUCUAUGAUUUCUGCGAAACCCCUAGCAGUAUUGAGUGUCGUACAGUGAUUGAACCGUUUACACUAUCGUACGAAACUGGACAGACCGUACACUGUGAUUUACCCGAUGGCUUGAUAUGCUUUCAUGAAGACAAUGUGUCCCCUUGUAUGAACUACAAGAUUCGAUUGUGUUGCCCGUUGCCAUUGGAAAAUAACGAACUAUGUGUUGGUGACAAUUUAUAUAAAAUGGUUUGGCAAGGCUUCCUGACGUGGCACGACGCAGAUACACAAUGCAAGGACCUCUUCGCUCCAAGAGGCUUUGUUGCCGGUUUAGCUAAUUUAGAAUCUAACAGUGUACGAAACUCGGUGAGAAAUUUCAUAAAGAAUGUUCCGGGAUUGUCCGACCCAAAAGGGAAAGGCUACUGGAUUGGGUGUCACGACGAGGAAAAUGAAGGCAUAUUCGUAUGGUUGAAUGGAGAGAAGGUUAAUGUGCCUGACAGUGCCUGGUAUUCCUAUCCAAACAACAAAUAUACCGGUAAUUGCGAUGCAAAAGAUGGGGACCAGGAUUGUUGUCAACUGUGGAAAAGACCAAAAAAUGACCCUACCUUCAAAAUGGAUGAUGUGUGCUGUACAGAUAAAAAGGCUUUCAUUUGUGAAGUUCCUGGAUACUGCGCAAGUCCAUAGAAGACGACGUCACACCACCAUAUGGUUUAUAAAAAAAACACCAUAUGGUUUAUAAAAAGUAACAAAUAUA